AAGAAAAAUCCCUCCUUGAAGGUACUUCUGGCUGUAGGCGGUUGGACGAUGGGGGUCAAAGAUUUCUCAGCCAUGGUGUCAACUUAUGGUAAUCGCCAAGAAUUCAUUGAAACCAGUAUCAAUUAUUUAAGAGAAUUUGGUUUUGAUGGCUUAGAUUUAGAUUGGGAAUAUCCUGCUUCACGAGGAAGUCCAGCUAUUGAUAAGAAACGCUUUACAUACCUAGUUCAGGAAUUAAGAGAAUCGUUUGAGAAAGAAGCAAGAAGUAGUGGUAAAGAACGAUUGUUGAUAUCGGCUGCUGUGCCAGCAAGCCCGACUGUGAUUGACGCUGGUUAUGAUGUACCUGCUGUGGGAAAGAGUUUGGAUAUGAUCAAUUUGAUGUCAUACGAUUUGCAUGGAACUUGGGAGAAACAAACUGGACACCAUGCUCCUUUGUACUCAUACCGAGGUGAUCCAACACCCACACUUAAUGUGGACUACGCUGCUAGAUAUUGGGUUCAGAAAGGUGCACCUAGAGAAAAGAUUAUAGCCGGCAUGCCGAUGUAUGGUAGAACGUUUACGUUGGCCAGCAGAUCCAACACGGGCCUAGGAGCUCCAGUUACCGGAGGUGGAAAAAAGGGAACUUAUUCUAGAGAAGCCGGAUUCUUUUUUUACUAUGAAAUCUGUGAAUCUGUAUAUAAUAAAUAUAAAACAACAACAAAUGAUGACAUGAAAGUACCAUAUGCUGUAUCAGGUGAUCAGUGGAUUGGCUAUGAUGAUGAAGCCAGUAUAUUAACAAAGCUGGACUGGCUAUUAUCUCAAAAUUUUGGUGGAGCUAUGAUCUGGGCUAUAGACUUGGAUGACUUUACUGGGGGUUUCUGUGGAAAGACAUAUCCUCUAUUAUCUGUUAUCAGCGAUUGUAUACUCAGUGGAAAAGGAUCAAAAAUGUGUCAAAAUAAAUUAAACCCGUCCCCACCCCACCAUUCGUAUAAAUCUGGUUUUAUUUUUAAUUUAAAGAUCAAAAAUGUGUCAAAAUAA